GCUUCUAUUUCCACCACCAUCAUAUUUCACGAUCUAUAAUACUGCGUUCGCUGAUUCUAUUCAAUCUUCCAACUUUGCGAUCAAACUGUCAGAUACGAUUUCCAAAACAACCCCGCAGCCUUGGAGAUUACAACAAUAUGGGCUCUUCAAAUAUAGCUCGAAAGGAGCGGCGCAAAAAACAAACACGCUUGACAUUCGAUCCGAUCUCCACCGAAGUGCCUUCAGAUUUAGAUUUACCUGCCAAAAGCCAAGGACCGUCGCCUGCGAAGGUUAGAUAUGAGAGAACAAAUGACGGCACAUCUGCUGGAAGUGGAGGAAGAAUUACGCGCAGUGGAUUGUCUUCAGGAUCGCCCUCGAAAGUAACUUUGGAUAGGAAAGGAAAAUCUGGGGGCAAAGGAAAGAAUGCGAGAGAUGGAAAAAUCGAUUUUGGAACAUUACCAACGCCUGCGAAAAGCUCGCAGAAAGAGGAUAUUAUUGUUGCAGAUGCAGAAGUGACUAGCGGAUCACGUCGAAGCACACGAAGUUCAAAAACGACUCCAUCGAAGACUACGCCAAAGAAAAGAUCGGUAACUUUAUCGGAUACAAGUGAUGAUGGCGUAUUCACAUCAAACUCAAGACCUUCACAACGCUCUGGCCUAUUUAGUCAGAAAUCAGCUGCGCCAAUAGAAAGUAGUGAUGAAUCUGGCGAGGAAGCUGACGAAGAUUCUGAGGAUGAUAUACUGCCAUCUUCUACUACGCGUCGACAAGCAACACGGAUCGUUCCGCAAGUUGCACUUGAGAUUGAUUCCGAAGACCCGGAUGAUGAGCCUCCAACCUCACCCAUGAAGAGAAAGCGACCCACCAUAAUUUCUGACGAUGAGGAUAGCGUUGUUAGGUCGCCUGCAAAGAGAGCGAGGGUUGUGGAUGAGAGUGAUUCGGAUGAUGAUUUGCCGCAUAUGACUAAGCUAUCUAAGACCACCCCCCCUGAAUCUGAUAGCCCAGCUCCUUCCCCACAAGUUAAACGAAAAGGACCGCCUAGGAAGCACAGAACUGCUAAGCAGAAGCAAUUAGAGAUUCUCAAACGCAAGCGUGCUGGAGAAAGUAACCCCAUUCUUACAGAAUCCGAGUCUGAUGAAGAAGAGGUUGGCGGUUUAUAUGAUUCGGGUAGUGAUGCAUUGACUACAUUUGAGGAUGAAGAAGAGGAGGAGGUGGAAGAGGAGGUUCAAGAAACGCGCAAACGAAAAUCGCCAAAGAAGACUGUACGAGAGAAUGAGGAUGAGUACGAUUCGGACUUUGUUGAUGACGACGAUGUUGGCCUUCUUGGAGUACCGGAUUAUGCUAUGAUUCCCCUACAUCUCACGGCCGCAGCCCACAAACCUCUCAGAGAACACUUUGUCGAAGCGGUUGAAUGGUGUGUUCAAAACAAGAUCAAUCCAGGUUUCAACCAAAAUCUCAUGCCCAUUUACAAGGCGGCGUGGAAUAAGCUCGAAGACGCAUACAGUGGAUUAUCUGGUAGCAAAUUUGUUUCUACUUCAUGGACUCGUGAUUUUACCAAAGGCCUUUAUGCCCGUCCCGAAUUCAUCACCAGGAGACUCGCCCCAGGAGAAGCAAUUGAUCUAUUAGGCGAAGCUAAAUGUGAGGCAUGUAAUCGUAGGAAGCAUAUACCAACUUUUGGUAUCACAUUAAGGGGAUCUGCAUACCACAAGGAUAGCUUAGCCGAGGUAGAGAAAGAUGAUAGUGAUACUGAGGAAGACGACGAGGAAGAUUCUGAUGAUGAGAAGGACACGCGGAGUUUGAACAGCAGGGAUGAACCUCUACCACCUCAAGACAAAGAGUACAUGGUCGGCUCUGUCUGUAAAGAAAAUGCCGAAAACGCACACAUUCUUAUUCAUUUGAAGUAUGCACUCAACCAAUGGGUCAUAGGCAGUCUAGAAAGUCAAGGGCAUCUUACGAUUGAGAAGCUUGCCAAGAGAGACAAGAUGAGUGCAAAGAAGAGACAGAAGGAAGUCAACGGGAUUGUCGAUAAGUGGAAGGAGGAGAAAGAAAUCAAAGAAUUGUAUGGCAUCUGGAAACAACAAUUGGAGACGGCACAGAAUGCCAGUACAACGGGAAGACGAUAAGAUACCACGUGGUAGCUGAAGGUGUGAAUUCGGAGACGAACAUGAGAGGAAUGGGAUUUAUGGCACAUAAUGGUAGAGAACUGGGAAGAUUUUAAUGAUGCUGGGUAAAGGAUCAGGUAUUUGGGAGCGAAAUAUGGAAGCAGCUAGCGAUGAUUUUGGAAUCAUGACUUUGAUUCUUCUUCACUUUAUUUCAGAGUCAGUAAUUAGGGAUGACUGGGAACAGAAUUUUAUUAAAAUCAGAGAUACGGCCUGAUUUUAGAUUUAGAUAUAUAUCCACAUCCAAUAGCAAAUUAUUAACAAUUCA